ACAACUGACAUGCAUGUAAUUAGCAACCAUAGCUGUUUUCUGACGUUCAGUUGGUCCAAAUGUCGUAACACUCUUGCAGGUAUCUUCUAUUUUUUCAACAAACAAUUUAAGCCCAUGCUGUAGUUAUGUUACAUAAAAUGCCAACAUUUGGACCAAGCUUAAUCGGUAAAAAUGGGCCUGCCUUGUUAAGGACUGACCUCCUAUUCUUAAUUUUGCUUGAUGACAACCAACAGCUUUGGACACAUGUGUUAAGAAUGUGUUUUUCAGUGUGUGCGUCAAAUGAGACUUAAAGAACAUCAACUUAUCGGUUCGUCCGCCUAAACGAAAGCAGCCGAUGGCCGGUGACUGAUGUGAGGACUAUUAAUACGUCCCUGAUUUGACUCUGUGUGGAGAUGGAAACAACACAAUGCCUUGAAGUUACUAAACAACAGCUGGACAAAUCAGGCCUUUUUACAAAAACAAUACUUGUUGAAGGUUUGGGCCUAGCCAGACCUUUGGACCAAGCAACAUGCACAGUUAUCAUAAAUGCUAAUGAUGUUCCAGUGUCCAGUAGAAAAUAUGAUUGUGAAGAUUUGCAAGUUUUGACUAUUGCAGAGCUUGAUGAUGAACAUGAUUUUUUUAUUGACCAAUGUAUAAGCACGAUGAGAAAAGAAGAAGUUGCAAUGUUUCGAAGAAAAGAGGCAUUCGUGGGCUUUGACAGGCCUUGUGAGGUUACUAUAAACCUGCAGCACUUUGAGAACCCUUCGGGUUGGCCACUUCUGACCAACAACCAGAAGUACGAGAAAGCAAAACAACACAAACAAACUGGAGUAGAACUAUUCAAACAAGAAAAGAUAAAAUGUGCCUUCAGACAAUUUAGUAAAGCCACCAAGUAUCUCCUAUUGAUUGACCAAAGCAUUGAGAUACCGGAAAAUGUUAAUCAGUUACUUUAUGAGUGUCAUCUCAACUUGGCAGCAUGCCAACUCAAGUUCCCCUCAGCUGCUGACCAUGUCAUCACAAAUUGUACAAAGGCUUUAAUUCUGGAUAACAAAAAUGUAAAAGGUCACGUGCGGAGAGGUCAGGCAUACCUCUCAAAGGGAGACUACUCUUCAGCUGCACAAGACUUCAAUAAGGGCCUGCAGUUUAAUCCUGAGAACAAGUUUAUAAAAAACCUCCUCAUGAAAGCUCAGAAAGGCCAACGGGCUGAAAAUAGGCAACUAUCAUCAGGACUUAGCCAAAUGUUUACUUAAAUUCAGUUGCUAGUAAUUGCUUGGAGUAUUAUGCAGCUACUAAAACAUGUUAAAGAGUUUGGUUUUGUAUACAUGUGUACUGUCACAUACAUUUGAUAGUAUGGUAGUUUACAGAAAUUGUUCCAUUGUUACUGGGAAAAUUUCCAAAUCAUUUAUCAAUUUCCUUCACACAAUGGCGUAAAUCUUACAUCUUUACCUAAAUUCAAUCUCUUAAUAUUUUUUUUAGGAAAUUAGCUGGUACAAUGAUGUAUCAUCUUACCUAGCUUGUUUUAAUGGAUGUAUCAUGAGUUGGGGUUAUUUAUAUAUAAUGACUUGCAAUAAAUGAAUUCUAUACAAGUCAGACUGUAUUAACAUUCUUGUUUUAAUUCAUUCUAUCACAAUAUAAAUAUAUACAGUGUCUUGAAAUUUUAAACGAGGUAUUUUGAAGUAAAUACCGCAAAGAUGAUACAUUCUUUAAUGAUUAGGUAGAUCUAUUCAUAUUUUUCGACUACCACCAAGACUAAGUUGUCCUUGCCUGUCUUUGGAUGGGCCAUACAUACCUUGCACAUUCAUAUAUGUUGAAAGGCGAUGAUAACCCUCGGUGCAUAGGAUGUGAUGAGCCAUUCACCGUUAAACAAUUUUUAUUGGACUGCAUUGACCUUCUGUCUACUUGAGAAAUUUUUUAUCGUAACAUCACAAAUAUAAAGACCCUUUUUGACACUGUAGAGUUUAAUAAAAUUCUGGAUUUCUGAAAGAUGUUGGUCUA